GACCUACAGUUGUAAUUCACCGACCUCCAACCUAUUCCAGCCAUCGGUUUGCAUAUAGCUUACGAAUACGCCCCCACGAUACAGAGAGAGAGAAAUAGCCAGGAUGGACGUGGAUGAACUAGACGAGCUGGUCGAUUAUGAGGAGGACGCCAUGAUGACCGAUGCCGUCGAAGACGCUGGCGGCGAGAUCGACAUGGACCCUGUCGAUGUCGAGGAUGAUCAUGGGAAGCUGGAUGACGAUGAAGAGAUGAUGCAGGCAGAUAACAAUGCUCCGGAAGGUACGACAGAAUCAGUGGCUAUGACCCCCAUGCAAUUCGUCACUCCCAUUACUACAAUUCCCACUACUGACGAAAUGCAAGCCGAACCCUUCAUUCCCGCCCCGGAACCCAAUUCCAAUCUCAACCUCACAUCCGCACCCGCAGCCAAUAUCACCGACUGGCCUCCCGCUCCCACCUCGAUCCCUCCCGUCCCCUCCCGUCUACCGGAAGCGACCCUCAUCCCCCCUGAGGUGCGGCACGAAGAAGGCAAACUCGACCCCUUGAAUUUGAACGCUCGUUCCGAAUUAGAAAUUGAAGUCAACUCGAUCGCUGCCGAACCUCCUGCUUCGCCAAGUCGGACGGUAGCUUCGACCUCGUUCGUCUUGCCCGAAACAGGGACGUCGACUCGUCCGCCUUCUCCGCCUGUGGGUGGUGUAGGUCCGGGCGGGGUGAUGCUCGUUCCCGGUCCGAAAGACAAUGAGGAGGAGGUGGAGGGAGAGGGUGCGGUUCAGGGAGAGUCUAACGGGGAGGAUGCGGUGGGACGCGAGACGGUUGAUGUUGCUGCUUCUACGACGGACGGUGCAGUUCUGGGAGAAGGGGCCGGAUCAACGGAGACCACGGCUGAAACUGAAGGGGCCAAACGAGGGAGCCCAACGGAAGCCAGCGAACAGCCCGAGAACGAUGCAAAGCCAGCUGGAGCUGUUAGGAUCGAGACGGAGACUGUCAACCUCGACGUUCAUACCGGUGAUGGUACCGUUGCGGAAGAUUGUGAACAGGGUGAGGUGCAUGCGGAUGGUGGGGUGCCACUGACGGAGGUCGACCACGUUGAAGACGAUCCCGAGGAGCACGAGCACGAGCACGACGAGUUGUCGGAAGAACAAGAAGACGAAGAAGAACAGGAACAGGAACAGGACGAAGAGACUGGCGAACCCAAAUUCUCCCCCAUCGUCAUCGAGAUCAUCACCAACGCCCUGCGCCCGCUCUUCUUCCCUCUUUCUGAACACAACGCCGAACUGUGUACCAGGUUCACUCGGCCGGAUAGCGAUGACUGGGAGUGCGAGCCGUAUGACCCGUUAUUGCCCGGGCUGGCGGAUGAGCUUUACAAGGCGCCCCUUCGGGAUGUUUUUGUAGCCCUUCGAGCUAGGUUGGGUGAGGAAUGGGAUGAGAGUCGGGGGACCGAGAUGAUCUUGCAUGAGAGGAACCUGGGUCUCAAGAUUGGCGAGGACAACAAGUACACUGACACGUUGAGCUUGCACGACCUUGCCGAUCUUCACAGUCGUUGCAAUUGCACCGAUCCUUUGACAUUGAGCAUCGAAUACGACUCGGUCAGGUUCAUCGCCAAAUACAACGCGAUCAAAAAGGUUCUCGAUUCCUCUGCCGCUCCUCCCGGUGUGGACAGCUCCAGCGAUGAAGACGAAGACGAAGAAGAGACUGGCGAGAUCGAGUAUGAGGACGACGAAAACGAGCACGAUGAGCAUGAAGGCGACGACUUGUCCGGUGGUCACGAUCACGUUUUUGCCUAUGGCGCCGUAUCUGGCGAAACAUCUUCCGAGCAGGAGGACGUAUACGUCGUUGACGGAGCAGAGGCAGACGAAGAGGAUGCUCCCGAGGAAUCUACUGCAGACAGACCUGUUGUGGCUAGCGCCUCAGGUUUGGUCAAUGAUGACAGCGCUUCGGAGGCCGUUGGGGCUGUCGAGGCCGAGAUGACUAGUCCACUCGGUGCGGAAUCGAAAGAACUGAAAACAGUCGAGCCAGAGAUACGGGGCACGCUGACUUGUAAGUCUCAGCGAUGCAUUUAGAUCACAACUUCAAUGUACCGACUCGUGAUACUCCCAGCUGUUCCUCUUCCCGCCAAGACC